AUGGCCAAAUUAUUUGGCCUUGCUCUGGCCGCUACGGCUAGCUUGGCGACAGCCGCAACUCAAGCUGAUCAUGGUCUCUCCUGGGGCCAAUGGGGCGAAUGGUCCUACUGUGGCAGAGUCGGAAGCACAGUAAAGAGACGACGAAUCUGCCAAGGCCAAAUCACCAACAAAGCAUUGAAAAAGACACGAUGUCUUGAGGUUUUGGCCGAUUCCAAUAUCGAAACAAAAAUCUGCACAGAAGCGGAUUCACCAACCGUUGCCCCACCAAGCAACAUGGUUCUCGGUCGAACUCAGCGAGAAGUACAGCCAAACGUCGUCCAGUGGCAGGAGUGGCAGGAAUGGAGCCGAUGCAACAACGGCAUGCAAAAGCGAACAAGAUUCUGCGGCAAAGCUGUUGAGCGAGGCAUCCGACCAAACUCCGAUUGCAAAGAGAAGAACCACGACAGUAGAAAUGUCGUCAAGAAUAAAGAGACUCGAUCGUGCAUUGAUGAUGUUCUCCGAGGCGGUCAAGAUACUGGCUACUCCGUGAGCAGCAGCAGAGCCGACGGCAGAAUGAUGAGCAACGCUGCUUUCGACAGAUUGAACGUUGACUUGUCCGAUCCUCGAUGCAUGUACCAUCCCGGCACCCAGAAAACUGACCUUGGCAGAAUCGUUGGUGGUAAAGUCGCUUGCAAGGGCUGCCAUCCUCAUAUUGCUAUGCUCUCUUACGUCGGAUUUGGCGGCUACGGCCAGUUCUGUGACGGUUCGAUCAUCAACGAGAGAUACAUCCUGACAGCUGCUCAUUGCUUUGUCGGCUGGGAUGAGAGCCCAUCGACAUACGAAGUCCUCGUCGGCGCCCACACGAAAACAUCCGAAGAAGAAAACCAAGCCACCUACCUUCUCGAUGAAAUUACGUGCCACAAAGAAUACAAAGUCACUCAGCGACAAAUCUUGUAUGAUAUUUGCAUCUUGAAAACAUCUGAGCGAAUCGAAUUCCACGAAACCGUUUGGCCAAUCUGCUUGCCAGACAAGAUCGAGCCACCAAACUCUGAGGAGCUCGCUGGAAUGUUUUGCACCGUCGCUGGUUGGGGUGACACUCGAUUUACUGGCGAUGACAGAAUCCUCAAUGAAGUCGAUGUUCCUGUCCUCACCCACAAGACAUGCCAAGAAUGGUAUGAGGACAACAACAUUCUCGUCGAUGUCGAUCAACAUGUCUGCGCUGGAUACGAAGAAGGAGGUCGUGAUGCUUGCCAAGGAGACUCUGGUGGACCUUUCGUCUGCAACCGAACUGACGUUGCCGGCCGUGAAGACCCAAGUGUAAACGGCAAAGUUCUCACAGGAAUUGUCUCUUUUGGCGUUGGAUGCGCUCAGGCAAAGAACCCAGGAGUCUACACAAAUAUCAAUCAUUUCCUCCCAUGGAUCCACGAGCAAAUUAGCAAGCACGACGACUGUUACCCAGUGAAUCCCUGCCAAAACGGCGGCCAGUGUUAUGAUACGAUCGCCAGCCAUACUUGCGAAUGCACAUCGGAGUGGAGCGGUGAUAACUGCGAGAUCCAUGUUACAGAGAUCACAGCUUGCCAUAACAACCAAUGUCAAAAUGGAGCCGAGUGCAUCCUAAUCGACAGCUCCAGAGGAUACGAAUGCAAAUGCAAAGAUGGUUAUGGUGGACCUUUCUGCACAAUCGUGACCGACAAAUGUGUCUUGAUCGAUUGCAACUUCGGCGAAUGCGAAGUCGACAGCAACGGGCAACCAAGAUGCGUCUGCCCGAGCAACUGGACUGGAAGCUUCUGUAACGAAGACGUCAACGAGUGUUUGAGCAAUCCAUGCGCCGCUGGAGCUGGAUGUGACAAUACCAAGGGUGGAUUUGAAUGCUCUUGCCCAUUCGGAUUCAAGGGUGACGGAACCAUCCAAGGAACUGGCUGCUCUGAUAUCGAUGAAUGUGCUGAGGGAACUCACAACUGCGGACCUUCCAGCAUCUGCACCAACAACCAGGGUGGAUUCAAAUGCUCUUGCCCCGCCGGCUACACUGGAAACCCACCAGCGGUCAAAUGCCGACCCGCACAAAAGAUGGAAGCUGGAGCCUCCUGCCCAAAUAUUGUCUACGAACUCUCGAAGGUCACCUCCAACUUCCUCAAGUACAACGAUGGUACUCCACGAUACGAGAUUACUUGCGGAGUCAACGGACAAGAACUCUCUUUUGACGAUCUUGUUGCUGACAAGAGCAUCACUCAUCCAAUUUCUCCAAUCAAGGGCGGUGCUCACACUGACAAUUCUUGUCUUUUCAGAUGCAAACCCGGCCAAAUGAUGUCCGCUCCAGCCUUCUCGAAAGUACCAGGGAGUCAAGCAAGAAUCGAUUGCGUCAACCGCGCCAAGGGAGUUGCUUUGAAACCAAACAGGAACCAGCUCCGAUGUCACGGCUGUAACCCAGUCCCUGGCGUUGAUUUCUCCAAUUGCCAAGUCAAAAACAAGAAGCUCAUCGUCUGCCAGGCCAAGUGCUCAAGCGGCGGAAGCAGCGUCUCAGUCCGAUGCCAGAAGAAGAAGGGCAAAUUCAUCUGGAGCGCAAGCUUGCCAAAAUGCUGA